UAAAAGUGUCCUCAUCUGCAUGUGAAGCAUAUAAGAGCUACUGUCAAUUUGACUAGUCCUCCACAUCCUCAUAUUCACACACAGGGAACAUCAUAAAAAAACACAGACAAGGAAGAGUCACGGUCAGGUUUAUCAAAUGAAGAGCAAAAUGAAGUUGAUGAUCAGACCCCUUCUUUUCAGUUUGCUCCUGUACUGUGCAACCCAGACAUUAGGUGUCACGAUCCAAUCUGUCCCAGAAUUCAGCAGUGAGGGUGUUAUACAGACAGAGCUGGAGAAGACUGUGUCUCUGGUUUGUCUUGGCAGUGAGACUGAGGACGAUGAAGAGUUGGUCUGGCUAAGGAAUGGCGCUGCCGUCAGUUUGAAGGAAGAAAAUAAGAACGGUAUCAGCAGAGUGUGUGUUACACCCGUCAUCUAUGAAGACAAUGGUGCCACUUUCACCUGCCACCUGAGCAGAAAUAACACAGUUAGGGCCUCGGUCACCCUGAAUGUCACAUACCACCCACAGCUCUCUGGAUCAGAGGAAGUUGUCGUAGAAGUGGAGGCGGUGCUAGUCUUGCAGUGUGAUAUCUGGGCCAAUCCACCAGUCUCAUCCGUGUCUUGGACACUAAAUGGAAGCACAGUGGAUCUAACAGCAGGUGGCUUCACGGUGACCAGUGAUGGCUUUACAAGUCAGCUAAGCGCCAACAGCGUGGAGAAAAGCUUGCAUGAAGGCACUUAUCAGUGCAUAGUGAACUCUCCCGUCUAUGGAGAAAAUAGCAAGUUGUUCAAUGUCACAGUAACAGAAAAGACCAUGAAGUUCCCUCUGAUGCCCAUGAUAGCAGGGCUGGUGGUGGUGUGCCUUACUGCGCUUCUUGCUGUUGUUUCACGAUGGGACAAAAUUACAAAGUGCUGCAAGUUGUGCCUAAAAUAACCGGCCUUUGCUACUUCACCAAAUGAGAGAACCCAAGACAUCACCACUCUGUAUUGUGUGCACAAGACUGGGAUUAACCAGUUCUAUAGCCUAGUUUUUAAUUUGAUCUCAUUCAUAAGGAAUGGUUCGACAUAUUGGGAAAUGAGAGUUGGAAGAUCAAUACCACACUUGUGUCUGUGUAGAAGUGACCACACUUUUCAAUGAAAAUAACAUAAUAUUAUAAUAUUAUACUUGGUUUCAGCGCUUACAUAGAUGUUUAUUAUGUUCUGUCCAUAUAAACAAUGCACCAAAUGCCUGAAUUCAGCACUGUUUUGCCUGUAUGUGUGUCAGUCAAUCAAUGUGUCAGUGUCAAGGCUGUUGCUAGCCUAUGCCAGGAACAUAGCUUGCAGCUGGCUCUUUCUGACAGAACCUGUUAGCAUGCUAAUGAAGCUACAGUACAGCCAGUAUCUGGUUAGCUUAACUUAGAACAAAGACUGGAAUCAAAGGAAAACAGCUAGCCUGGGUCUGUCCAAAGGGAACCCCCAUAAAGUCUUUGUCCUAUGCUAAGGUAUAACCAGUUUUUGGCAGUAGUUUCAUACUUACCGUACAAUCAUCUCAUCUCAUCUCACUCAUCUCAUCUUCUAAAUAGGCUACAGUGUUCCUGUGUAGACUAACCACUAAAUAUAAAAGGAAGCGAUUAAAUUGACUGCACUGCAGUCCCUUAUUUGUAAUGUCUGAUGUCCUAUGUAUUUCUUUUGUUGUUUGGUUAAAUGUUGUGUUUUGUUAUUUAUGUGAAACAGUGCACAUCUUGGGAAUAUUUUGAUAAUCAACUAAAAUCAAAUCAAAUCUAACUGCUUGCAAAUAAGCACAUUUCCAUCUAUGCAGUAUGCUAUCUACUGUAUUAGUUGUUGAUUAUGGCAUGAGUAACUGUGAUGUUUGCAAUAUGACCUUGAGAUCAUCCUUAAACCUGUUACUUUUCAUAGUGUGGUGCACCCUGACCCUGUGACUAAAAGUAGGUUUUAACACUCCA